GACGACCACCGCUCCAUCGUCAGUCUACGGGGCACACCGUUCGCAAUCGUGUCUUGUUUUGCGUAGUUCGUUUUUUGUCAUAUUACAUUCGUCACGUUUUCGUAUCGCGUUUCGCAUGUGCCGAACACACCACAUCGUACGAAGGUCGUAUACACAUAUAAUCAUCGUCGCGAACCACGUUUCGGAUAAGUUUACACGGGAUUUCACUGGAUGCGCGCGACCCGUGAUGUGAAUAACGGUGACUGGCAAACGUAGUCUGAUCGCGUUACAGGGAAUGUGACAUAUUUAAAUACCGCGGCGGGCGCACACACAAAUUUAUAAACAAAGCAGCGGACACGACGCAUUGUUGUACCAUCACCGGUCUCGCGAAGUGUACAGUAGUGCGGAAAGUCCGUCGAUCGCCACCAUGAGUAUGAUGAUGAUGAUGAGACCGUCCGAUUCGACGCCCAUCUGUCGGUGCCGAGUCCUAUAUUUGGGUUCAGCCGUGCCGCAUAUUACCAAAGACGGUCUGCAAGGAAUACAAGAGCCACUCAAGGAGCUAUACCCAGAACAGGGGGCCCUGGGCGCUCGCGGCAUUGACUCUUGGCUGAGCGUCUGGAGCAACGGCCUGCUGUUAGAGAACGUAGACGAGAACCACAAAAAGAUUACUCGGUUCUUCCCGAUCGAGUCACUGCACUACUGCGCCGCGGUCCGUUUCGUUCUAGUGCCUGAGAAGUCAAACGGUUCGUCGCAGCCACGAUUUCUGCCAUUGGACUCUCCGUUCGCCCGGUCCCCGAAUCCCAACCACCCGCCACUGUUUGCAGCAAUACUUCGCCGGACUUCCGGCAUCAAGGUGCUCGAAUGUCACACGUUUAUAUGUAAGCGCGAAAUGGCCGCCAACGCGCUGGUCCGGUGCUGUUUCCAUGCUUACGCUGACUCGUCAUACGCCAAACAAUCGGAAGGUGGCGGCACGAACGGCACCACCAAUGGUGCCGGUGGUAAUAGCAUAUAUGGCACGGUGCGUACUAAUAGGUCGGUUGGCAACAACACAAUUGAAAAGGUAGAGGGUUGGCGGCGCAUGACCAACGGGGGCGCGGCGGCUGGGAGUACGCUGACGCUCAACAGCGCACACUCGAACGGCAUCACCAUGUUGGAAGCGUCUACGAACUCUAUGGACGACUUGUCCGAGUGCAACGGCGACGAAAACCAUAAGGUGUGGGUGGGCAGCACCAAAGAUAUAUCGGAAAAGGAAGACUUGUACGGCACAGGCAACACGAUGCGUAGCUCGCGGUCUAGCAGGCCUAGGCAACUGGUUGGGGGUGCUCCGCCACCGCCACCACCACCGCCACCCGUGAGAGACGAUAGCAAUAAACCGACAGCCAAAAAGACCAAAGAAAGACCGCGCCGCAAGAGGACGCCGACAGGUGGAAGUCGCGAAGAUUUGUACGCGCCGUCGAUAAAUGGCUCGCUUAUGAGAUCUGUGCACGGCGGCCGGAGUUCAGUGUCGCUCAACGGCACCAUGGCGAGCCGAGGACCACCCAGAGGGUUCAUGCAAUAUCAACAGCCUCCACCGCCACCGCCACCUAACCACAUAUACUCCAACGGCGGGGGCGGCACCAUGCUCAGGCCUGUCAACGGCUUUCACCCGCAUCACUCACAUCACCAUCACCCCGGAAUGAUGAUACAGCAGCAGCCACCGCCUCCGCCGCCUCUCAUGAUGGUGCCCACCACGUUGCCGCACCCCAAGAAGAUGCACAAGAUGAAGCCAGGUAUGAUACCCGUACCCAGACCGGGAAUGAUACCGGCUAACUACAUGCCAGUACCCAUGUAUAUGCAUACUGGCAAAAAGUCCAAGCAUGGCGUGCCUGUGCCAGUGCCGAUGGCCAUGGAAGAACCGAUUUACAUGCCGUCUGCCCGGCCGCUGAGUCCGGUGGCGUCUUAUCAACCCGAACACUUCCCGCACGAGGCUUAUCUGAUGCAGCAGUACGCCAACAGCGUCAAUCACAUGAACAACAAUAACAACAACGGGCCGGCGCCUAAGACCAAGAAGGGCAAAAAGGACAAGAAAUCUAAAGACUCGGUCAACGGGAUGAUGCCACCGCUGAUGGUGCCGCAAUUGAUGGUUAACGGUGGUGCAGGCGGAGGUGGAAUGAUGAUGAUGCAACCGCACCAGCAACAGCCACUGCAGCAUCCACCACCGCCACCACCCAAUGGACCGCCUCAGUUGGCUGUCAACGGGCACAGGGUCAACGGCAACGGCAUCAUGCCGGCAGGACACGACGACAUGACGGACGACACGGAGGAUUCGCUGUACAGUACCGGCAUCUAUCGGCGGAAAGGUCACCUCAACGAGCGGGCGUUCUCGUAUUCAAUCAGACAGGAGCAUCGGUCCCGGUCGUACGGGUCGUUGGCUAACCUCAAGUUCGCCGCGCCGCCAAUCGUGCCGAAUGGCGUGGACGGGGUGCCGAACAAGGUAGACAUAAAGAAAGAACGAGAGAUCAUGCAGAUGAUGCAGGAUUUGGAACUGUCCGGCGAUGAACUGGACCGUGCUGACCAGGUGGUGCACCACCAGAAGCAGAGUAACAACGUGGCGCACCAUCAGAGGCCCGUCAAGACGAAGCGAUAACGACCAUCACGAUAUUUUUAACGCGUCACAGAUGCGGAGACAGGAACUACGAUCACUUGCAGUGUUCUUCGACAAGAGAACCGAGCGGACAUACAAGUAUACAACGCAGAGAAUAUUACACACAACCAUUACUCCUACAGACGUGAACAGUUCUUUUUUUCAACAGAUUUAAUAUGUUAUUAAUUAUUUUUAAUUAAUUUUAGUGUAAGAUAUUACCUAUAUUAUUUUAUUUAUAGAAACGAUAAAGGAAAAUAUGCCUUAAAUAUUCGAGCAUACGUCAUUCUAUACAUAUGUAUAAUAAAAGUAUGUAUAGUGAGUAUUCUAAACGCAUAGGCACUAUUUUAUUUUACGCAUAUAUUUGCGUCGUUACUAAACACUCGUUGGUUUAUAGCCCACGAAUAUCAUAAGAACCUAUAAACGCGCGUAUGUGUUGGCUAUUGCAUUAAAUUUUUUUUCACGGUUUCAUUAGAGAGAAGGUUUUUUUUGUACUAAAUAUGAACUCGACCUAUAGACACUAUAAUUCCAGUUUUACGUUAAAUAUAUACUUAAUUAUUAUUAUUUUAUCAAAAAAAAAAAAAUGUCUGACACGAUACUGUAUUGUUAUAAAAUUCGUGUUAGAUAGAAGAAAAUGUGAAAAUUUGUAAUAGGUACGUUUAAUCUGUCUGACACAUGUUUUAUUUUAUUAGUACAGUUAAUGUCCAUGAAUAAUUUUUCUUGCGCUAGUAUAAAACAUAUUCUUUUGUAGAUAUUAUUAUUAUAAUGCGUUAUAGGUACUAAAAAAUAAAUUUGUUAUUUAAGUACGGUUUUGCUCAAUAAUCUUCUUUUUUAUUUUUAUUAUAUUACUUCUAUCAUUUUUUUUGUACUUAACAAUAAUAUUAAUUUUGAUGUGUUUACGUUUUAAAUAUAUUAACACGUUGAGAGAUAAUAAUUACUUAAUUCAAUAAUAAUUUGUGUGGAUAAUUAUUUACAAUAAUGACAUAAAAACGUAUUUUACAAAGUAUGGACACGGAGACUAUUUUUUUUUGUUCGUUUAAAAAAAUAAAAAUGUCUUGUAGUAUUUACCUGACGUGGGUAUAUCGACCAAAUUUCAAUUUUAUACUUUCAAACGGUAUAAUAAAACGGUCAACUGAGAAAAGGCACCGUUCGUAAAAUAUAUCACAGCCACGCGCACUUAAAAGCGAAACCCGAGAAUAUCGUUAUUUGCCUACUUUGUAAAACGAUAUUUUCGUGUGGUUGUAAACAGAAUAAAUAAUAAGUCUCCGUGGUGGAAAUAAAUGAGCAUUUAAUAUCCGGCCGUACCUACUGUACAUAAGUAUAAAUUAUUAUUAUUAUAUUAUUAUUAUUAUUAUUGAAUCGACGACUGAUGUAACGAGUAGGGAUAGCGUGCCAUUUUUAUAUGCUUAUACAAAGAAUGGUAUUUUUUUACUGUAGAUUUUUAUUGAUUAAUAUUAUUAUUAUUAUUAUUAUUAUUAUUAUUAUUAUCAUUGUGUAUGACUUAAUAUAGAAAUGCUGUUAUUAAAAAUAUGUUAAAUAAAGUAUACAAUUUUUCA